AUGAGAGGGCGCGGCGUAUCCGUGACUAGCCCACCCACGGGUGGUGGUAGCAAUUCUCAUGGGAGGGGCCGAGGGGCCAGCAUUGCCAUUCAGAUUAGCGUCUCAGUUGCCGUGGGUAUUACCACAGAUUUUGUAACCUCAGUGACCUACAAUCUGGCCACUAGCAACGAGAUCGAAUGGGGCGAGCUGGGCAUUACCCUGGGCUUGUCUGUGCUUGCCAGCCUGACCCUAGGGGUAGGAGACAAACUAGUCAAGGCCACCGCCAAACCAGCGCAACAAGUUAUUAAAGGCACAGCAAAGGGCACAGUCAAGAAAUCAUUCACCAAAUCCUUCGCCAGUGUUGCCAAAAACCUACCUAAGGAUGUUAUUUUUGCGACAAGUUCCUGGAGGGUGACAUCCAAGAUUCAGAACCCCAUCAUGGAUGCUCUGGCGAGCAGCAGUAGUGCGGGUAGAACAGCUAGCCAUGCCAGCCCCUAG